AUGGCCGAAGAUACGCCAGCUCUACUUGACGGAGUCAUAGACUCGUCGCACCAGUCCUUCCUUUCAGUGGUUCAGCACGUGAAACUUAACAUGCUGCGUCCACGUCCACCAGCGGAGUUUAUUCCUGUUGACCCACGAUGGGUGCCCAGGUUGAGUGAGACUGGUCUUCUUACUAUAGGUCGUCUUGCUGAGAGUGGUUCAGUAAAGCUGGACAGGUCCCUACUGACGGCUCUGGUUGAUAGAUGGAGGCCUGAGACACACACCUUCCACCUCCCUUGUGGGGAGAUGACACCGACCCUACAGGACGUUGCAAUGCUGCCGGGUCUUCCUAUCAGUGGGGAUGCCGUAGGGCCUCGCGUUGUCCCGCCUACGUGGUUGGACGAUCUAGAAGAGCGUUUUGCAAAUAUUGACAUCGCGAUUGAUGUAGAGGAGCACCCAAAAGCAACAGGGCCUGCCAAGUCAUGGAUCCUGCAGUUCCAGCCCGACAAUUUGGCACAUGAUGCUGAUGAGGAUAGCGUCACUCGAUCCCUUAAGAGGAGUUGGGCCCACGUACAGUCUCGUCGGGCCUAUCCUGAAUUUGUGGCUGAUUUUGAUCGGUUGACACCUGAAGACGUCGUGUGGGAGCCCUACUCUGAGUUGGCUAUAAACACUCGUGCACCGAUCGGGAUAUCUUCGCAUUAA